CCAAGUUCGGAUUGUUUUGUAGAUAGUUUCGGAUGGCAGCUUUCGAAAUGAUAGAAUGUCAGUUCAUUGAAGUGCAGAGACUCCUGGAGCGGCCAAGUGCUGCAUUCUCAAAUGAGAAGAUGUUCGAAGCUGACCCGCAGUUGUUUGCAGCGCUGCGAGGCGCCAUCCAAAUUCUGGUUCUUGGGGCAGGUGGAUUGGGAUGUGAACUGCUAAAGGACCUGGCGAUGUUGGGCUUCGAGAACCUGCACGUGAUUGACAUGGACACCAUCGAUCUAUCCAAUUUGAAUCGACAGUUCUUAUUCAGAUAUUCUGACAUCGGGAGGCCAAAGGCUGAAAUAGCUGCAGAUUUUGUCAAUAAGCGGGUGCCCACUAGCCAUGUGACUGCGCACUUCAAUAAGAUCGAAGAUCUUGGUCCAGACUUCUACGAGCGCUUCCACAUCGUAGUGUGUGGGUUAGACAGCAUCUCGGCCAGACGUUGGAUCAAUCAGAUGUUGAUUUCACUGCUCAAAUACAGUGCCGACGGCAAGGUGAUACCAGAAUCAGUGAAGCCUCUGGUAGACGGCGGAACAGAAGGCUUCAAAGGCAGUGCCAGACUCAUCUAUCCAGGCAUGAGCGCAUGUAUUGAUUGCACUCUUGAUCUCUACCCGCCUCAGAUACACUAUCCCUUGUGCACGAUAGCACACACGCCCCGUCUCCCAGAGCACUGCGUCGAGUUCGCCAAGAUUAUGGCGUGGCCAGAAGAGGAGCCGUUUGGAAAAGGCGUUGAAGUGGACGGAGAUCACCCCGAUCACGUUACAUGGAUUAUGAUGAAAGCGCAAGAAAGGGCGGACCAUUUUGGAAUCAAAGCUGUGACAUACAGGUUCAGAGACGAAAGAUGAAUGAUGAUGUUAUCCAAAAUGGCUCAGCCGAGGUGAAUGCUCCUGAGACGCUUCAAAGUUUGAGAUAUCUCCGUCAAACGCCAUUAUCUCGACCUGACAAAAGGAGAACCUGUGCAGUCUUGAGCCCAAGUGACGAAGAAAGGUCAUCUAUGGAAAUGCUAUCGACGAAAAUACGAGAGACUAUCAGGUCGUUGCAGAGCGCUAUGUGGAACAACUGAAAUGUACAACUGAAAGGCUUGGUCAAAACUAUGGUAGAUGAAGCAAUAAAUGGAUUGCAGAAGCUGAAGUGCAGAACCACCUGAUGAACAGUUCAGGAUUUCUUGAGGCGAAAGGAAAUCUGGAAGCGGAGAUGAACAGUAGAGACAUUAUCAUGGUAAUUAGAUUGGAAAUGUCAAGUGUUAACAAUUUUGAAAGAGAAACAACUAUUGAAUAGGUGUUACGUAUCGCUAAAGAAGUUGGUGCAUAUAUUGACGAAUGAGAGUUUUCAAUCGCACAAAACCUCCCAUCCAAAUCCACAAAUGCCAAACCGAUCGUAGUAUAUUUUACAAGGCGGGUUGCCAAAGUCCAACUCUUGAAGAUAUUACUAGACCUGGCCUAGGUCAAAUCCAUUAGUCUAAUGAGAGCAGAUGACAGGAUCACAUCGACAUGACCAAGGAAGGGACAGUUUUCUUCAGUUGGAAGAAUGAUGGCAAAAUCUACAGGAUAAUUAGCUUAUAUGAAGGAGGCCAAUAUCUCAAUUAUACUUUUCAUACUGUAAACGCGUACUUUAAUAGUGUUUUUGAAUAAUCUUCAAAUCCCGCCGGCUCUUAAAAUUCCAAGUGAUAGUGCGUGCUAUAAAUCGGUUCAAGUUUUCAUUUUAUCUCUCUGAAGUUCGUUCUUUAAUAAACCUUUUUGAUGAUUCAGAAGCACUCUAGCUAAUCUUGAGUCUCCUCCUAAUGUUAUGUUUAACAGUAGCAUGAUUCCUUGAAAAUGACUGACUAAGCUUCUUAAAACUAACUGUUUAUCCUUGCUUAAUUGUAAAAACGCGGAAAACUUGCGGUGGCGGUACAAUGGUUCAACUAGAACAAAAUUUUUUAUCUAAUUGAAAAAUUUGCAGCGGAACUAUGAGAAGCGGUUUCUUUGUUAAUUGACUUCAAAUGAAGUCAAAUCAUAAAACUAGUUGUCUACGUGCCUUCACGUGCUGAUAAAAUGAAAAUCACCGAAGAGAUUUAGAAAGAUUUAGAGAAGUUAUCUAAAUUUAAGUUACUUAAAAUAAUAGCUAGUGAUUUGAAUAUGGAUUUUCACAGAAUUAAUUAAAUUGUUCGAAAUAAACCCCAGCAUGAAAUCAUCAAAUUGGUGUGAACUCUUGGAAUAUGAACCUUCUAGAUUCAAUUAAAAAUCUUCAUCUUUCAUCGGUCAGUUCCGUAUCCGCAAUCUUUUUG